AUGCUUGUCCUCCGGAACUGCCUGAUGAGGGCUCUGGCCGCGCGGCAGACUCAGUCUGUUUACUAUAGUAAACUCUUACAGGCAGGAGUGCAAAAUAAUUUUGCUCAUCGAGCUGAAGUUCGGAAAGCUUUGGCCAAAAAUAAGGAAUGGCAAGAACAAUUCCUCAUUCCAAAUUUGCUUCUUAUGGAUAAACAAGAGUGUGAAAUAACUUACCUGGUACCAUGGUGCAAAAUACAAAAGCCUCCAAAAGAAGGAGUCUAUGAGCUGGUUACUUUUCAGAUGAAACCUGGUGGACCAGCUUUGUGGGGUGAAGCAUUUCAAAGGGCAAUUUAUUCCCAUAUCAAUCUAAACUACAGCAAACUGGUUGGAGUUUUCCACACAGAAUAUGGAGUCCUCAAUAAAGUUCAUGUUCUUUGGUGGAAUGAGAGUCCAGAUAGCCGUGCAGCUGGGAGACAUCAGUCUCAUGAGGAUCCCAGAGUUGUGGCCGCUGUUCGGGAAAGUGUCAACUAUCUAGUCUCACAGCAGAAUAUGCUCCUGGUUCCUGCAUCAUUUUCACCAUUGAAAUAG